AUGGCUGUUCUUGCAACAUUGUCUUCAGUCGCACCGUAUCACCUCCUUGUCUACUCUGCACUGUUUGGGGCCACCUCGUAUCAAUCUUUCUAUGCCGGAAUUGUUGCAUACAAGGUCCUUCCUUUGAACCAGUUUGCCACCCUCCAAUCACACAUUUUUCCCGCUUAUUUUACCUUCCAGGCUGCUGCCUCUGCCUUUUUGUUGCUUACCCCUCCAUUUGCAUUCGGAGCUGCUGCCUAUACCGCUCUAGGUGGCUCAUUGACAGGCGGCAUUAUUAAUGCUGCGUACUUAGGGCCAAAGUCCAACAGAAUUAAAACUCAGAGAGAUGCCCGGGUCGAACUUGAGGGUAAGAGCUACAAAGAUCCCACAGCAAGUGAUGAAAUGAAGAAGCUAAAUAAGCAAUUUGGUGCAACCCAUGGUAUUUCUGUUUUGUUGAAUUUGAUUGGUUGGGCUGGUUUAGUAUUCUACGGGAUUCUGUUAACAGAAGGAUUGUCUGCCAAAUCCCUGAAGAAAUAG